UCUUUAAAUGACAAAGACGACCCAAGAUGCCAUUAGAACGAUCCUCCGCAGGACCAGACGGUGAAUUCACCGAGAAACUCAGAGGGCUGACCCCAAACUGACCAAGGACGUACAAACAGCAGAUUUCUGGAGGUUUCCACGGAUACGUUAUAUACAUCUGAUCAAGAGAUGGAUACUCCUGUCCUCACAGAGGAGGAAAACGAUGAAGAGGAAGAUGAAGAGCGCAAGAUAACACUUGAAGACAGAGAGGAGGAAUUGGAAGAGGAUUCAGAGGAGGACUCAGGGGAGCAAUCAGUGGAGGAAUCAGAGGAUGAAUCAGAGGAGAAAGCCCAGGAGUCUGAACCCCAGAAUAAGAAGGUUGAGGUUUGGGUUCCCACCUGCUACUCCAAGUGUGGGAAAGAGGUGUUUCACUAUGUAGGAGAGGACAUCAGUAUCUUCGAGGGAUAUGAAGCCCAUGGUGCUGUUACAUGGCCAGGGGCGUUGGCUCUCUGUCGCUACCUAGAGACCAAUGUUGAGCAGUUUAAUCUGGUGGACAAGUCAGUGCUGGAACUAGGAGCAGGCCCUGGACUAGUGUCCAUUGUAGCCACACUCCUAGGUGCCUGGGUAACAGCUACAGACCUUCCAGAGAUUGUUGGUAACCUGAGAGCUAACCUGCUCCGCAACACCAGAGGGCGCUGCAGGCACAUUCCCCAAGCAGCUGUCCUCUCCUGGGGUCCAGAUGUUGAACACACGUACCCGAAAUCCAUCUAUCGCUAUAACUAUGUGCUGGCAGCCGACGUGGUCUUUCAGAAAUACUAUUUGGACGAGCUGCUGUUCACCAUGACAUACUUCUGCCGUCCAGGAACCACUCUGAUCUGGGCCAACAAGAUUCGCUCCACAUCAGACCUUGAAUUCACAGAAGACUUCAAGAACACCUUCAAUACCACCCAGCUGGCUGAGAUUGACGGGGUUAAGAUCCACAUGGCCACAUGCAGACAGACAGAAGAAAAUACUUAUUUCCUGACGGAAGAGGAGAACAUUGAGGAGAAUGAUGAAGAGUGCAAUGAGGAGAAUAGCAAGACUAAAUUAUUUCUGGAGGUUUCCACGGAUACGUUAAAUACAUCCGAUCAAGAGAUGGAUACUCCUGUCCUCACAGAGGAGGAAAACAAUGAUGAAGAGGAAGAUGAGGAGUGCAAGAUAACACUUGAAGACAGAGAGGAGGAAUUGGAAGAGAAUUCAGAGGAGGACUCAGGGGAGCAAUCAAUGGAGGAAUCAGAGGAUGAAUCAGAGGAGAAAGCCCAGGAGUCUGAACCCCAGAAUAAGAAGGUUGAGGUUUGGGUUCCCACCUGCUACUCCAAGUGUGGGAAAGAGGUGUUUCACUAUGUAGGAGAGGACAUCAGUAUCUUCGAGGGAUAUGAAGCCCAUGGUGCUGUUACAUGGCCAGGGGCGUUGGCUCUCUGUCGCUACCUAGAGACCAAUGUUGAGCAGUUUAAUCUGGUGGACAAGUCAGUGCUGGAACUAGGAGCAGGCCCUGGACUAGUGUCUAUUGUAGCCACACUCCUAGGUGCCUGGGUAACAGCUACAGACCUUCCAGAGAUUGUUGGUAACCUGAGAGCUAACCUGCUCCGCAACACCAGAGGGCGCUGCAGGCACAUUCCCCAAGCAGCUGUCCUCUCCUGGGGUCCAGAUGUUGAACACACGUACCCGAAAUCCAUCUAUCGCUAUAACUACGUGCUGGCAGCCGACGUGGUCUUUCAGAAAUACUAUUUGGACAAGCUGCUGUUCACCAUGACAUACUUCUGCCAUCCAGGAACCACUCUGAUCUGGGCCAACAAGAUUCGCUCCACAUCAGACCUUGAAUUCACAGAAGACUUCAAGAACACCUUCAAUACCACCCAGCUGGCUGAGAUUGACGGGGUUAAGAUCCACAUGGCCACAUGCAGACAGACAGAAGAACGCCUUCAGUACCAUCCGGCUGGGUGAGACCGACAACAAUUUAAAAAUACGCUUCCAAGGAAAUCCAUGUGUAAAACUUAGGUUUAGGGAAGACAAAGGAACAAUUAAGAAUGUGCCAACUACAUCAAAUGUUGCCAAGAUGUCCUUUGUCCUUCAUCCUCUGACAAAUAUGUAUGGGAAAUACUGAAUUGCACUUAUUACUUACCUACAUACAGUGAACAUAAAAAGUGACAGGUUUUUGUGAUGUAAAAGAAUGAGACACAGAUAAAU